GAAAAGCAGAACGGGAUUUGUGGCGCAGUGAUCAAGGAGGCUGGACAGGACUUUGGGAAGUGGAAGAGUCAUGUCUGCAGUAAUGAGCGUCCUUACAUGUGCAAAAAGGGGACUAAACAGUAUGUUCAGAUCUUCAGGACUCAGUAGGGGGAGAGUAGGUUAAGUUGAGCCAAAGGGGAAAGUUGAGCCACCCUUGUUUCUAGGAAACCACACAUGGAAAAAGUGGUAAGCAAGUUAGGUCCGAAAGACGGAUUUUCUCCAAGUCAAAUACAUGUAUUGUGUUGGAGGUUUCAUGAUGCUUGUAUCUAAACCAAAGUAGGUAAUUUAAAGAUUGUUCUAUACAUCCGUUGGGGUUUCUUGUAAGCUUCAGUAUGAGGUCCUAAACCUAGCAGGAAAGUGCAUCCUUGUAGCGGUGUGGCCUUGGGGUAAGUUCUGCCAAUGGCCAUGAGGUAAGUUAAGACGAUAGUUGAUCCAAUGGCAAGUUAAGCAAAAUGAACAGAUUUCUUCCCAGGCAUAAAGCAAGGCAUUAUCACUGGGCUGUGAGGUGACAACAGAGCCUAUGUUAAGUGUGUGUUAGGUGUUAAGCCUGUGUUAAAAGAUGCUUAAAAUGAUUAAAAGACAAAAAAGUGAUUGUGAUUGUGUUGAAUUGUGUUUGGGGAAAUAAAGAUAGACAUGGUUUUUAAAAUGUAGUGGUAAUAUUUCAUUCAGUGCAGACAUUUGUAGGCGGCUUAACUUACCCGGGGUAAGUUGUGACAACAGACCACUUUUUUUGGGACAAGCUAUGUUUUCAAAACUGUAAUGUAUUAAGAUUGUUUCCAGGAAUACACAACAUCCUCAAACACUAUAAUUCCCUUGACGGAGUGAUACUGAAUGUAAAAAAAUUGCUCAACUUACCCCACUCUCCCGUACUGGAUAACUAUGCAAAUUCCUAUGUCAUUUUUUUGUAGCAUUACUUAUUAAUAUCGCGACAUAACAUCAUGUUUUCUUUCCCUUUGCCCUCGUGGUUUGGACCAGCUUCAGUGGGAACUGUUACUGCAACAAAAUGCUCCUGACCAGCUGGCACUAGGCGUUCAGACCUGGGUUCUAACCUGUUGACAAUUAAGACGUAAAGAAACAAAUUGAUCUAGUGAUUGGUUUUGAAAAAAAUUAAACUAGGACUGAAAAUGUCCCGAGCAGUACUUCAUCAACACCUGGACUAAAUGAAGGGGGAAGCGCCUGAUGUGUUGACUGGCCUGUCGGGUGCAUCAUACCUACAGGCUUGCAUUGAAAUCAAUCAUUCAAGAGUUUCUCGCUGUAACUUGUGGAGACACUGGCCUGAUCACAACUAUAGUGUAGGGUGCUGCUGGUGUAGGGUGCUGCUGGUGUAGGGUGCUGCUGGUGUAGGGUGCUGCUGGUGUAGGGUGCUGCUGGUGACAACGUUUUAAAGAGAGCCUCACUAAACAAUUGAUCAAACUAAAACUUCAAUGAAACUGAAGUAGGGCUAGUAAGUCAUCUCCCAGUGUUGUGAUGUCACUAGAUCAGGACCAGGAUGGUACAUUCAGAUGGGUGGACAAAACAGAUAUUAUGUUCUCCAAUUGGAAACCUAACUUUCCCAAGAACACAGCAAACCUCUGGGACUGUGGUCAAAUCUACACCUGUAAGGGCAUGUGGUCUGUACUACAUUAAUCACUUAAUCCAUCAACAAACUCUGGAUCAUAGAGGAGGAAAGGGACAGAACUUUGUUUUAUUGUUUUUGCCUUACAGGAGAUUUCUCUGGAAAAUGGGAAACAACCAACUGCUUCAAAAACCUGGGAUACAUUUGUAAAAUGGUGGGGGGGUCAAAAUGUUAAGCCUACCUCUGUUCCAGGUUAGUGGCUAUAUUGUUCGUGUUCAUGUUAUUCAUGUCAACACAUUACUCAUGUCAGUGAUCUGAAUCUGAGAGUUCUCUUUUAUACCUAUACAGUAUAUUGUUUGAAAUAUAACAAAAUACUUUGCAUUGUUUUGGUGUAGAUUCUCAUUGUGAUGCUGGAUAUCUUCUCUUGUUUUGGUGUAGAUUCUCAUUGUGAUGCUGGAUAUCUUCUCUUGUUUUGGUGUAGAUUCUCAUUGUGAUGCUGGAUAUCUUCUCUUGUUUUGGUGUAGAUUCUCAUUGUGAUGCUGGAUAUCUUCUCUUGUUUUGGUGUAGAUUCUCAUUGUGAUGCUGGAUAUCUUCUCUAUGGAGACUAGUGCUAUCACUUUGAGACUGAAAUGG